AUGUUUGGAUUGGAAAAAUGUGAAGAAACUGAGCAGCCAUGUCAGAAUGGAGGAACGUGUAAUGAAGAUGAAGACAGUCCAUUCUGCGAGUGCAAACCUGGGACGAGUGGAGAUCUCUGUUCUGUUGUAGAUGAAUGCGAAGAGGACUCGGAAUUCUGUGGUUCGGGAGAUGAUGUGACUUGCAAGUACGAUUCAACGGAAGAAAAAGCUUACUGCCACUGUACGGUUGAUUUGAAGCAAUUUGAUACGAAUGCUAAAGUGUGCAAACAAAAAUGUGGGGAAACUGAUCAUCUAUGUCAGAAUGGAGGAACAUGUAAUGUAGAUGAAGACAGUCCAUUCUGCGAGUGCAAGCCUGGGACGAGUGGAGAUCUCUGUUCUGUUGUAGAUGAAUGCGAAGAGGACUCGAAAUUCUGUGGUUCGGGAGAUGAUGUGACUUGCAAGUACGAUUCAACGAAAGAAAAAGCUUACUGCCACUGUACGGUUGAUUCGAAGCAAUUUGAUACGAAUGCUAAAGUGUGCAAACAAAAAUGUGGGGAAACUGAUCAUCUAUGUCAGAAUGGAGGAACAUGUAAUGUAGAUGAAGACAGUCCAUUCUGCGAGUGCAAGCCUGGGACGAGUGGAGAUCUCUGUUCUGUUGUAGAUGAAUGCGAAGAGGACUCGGAAUUCUGUGGUUCGGGAGAUGAUGUGACUUGCAAGUACGAUUCAACGAAAGAAAAAGCUUACUGCCACUGUACGGUUGAUUCGAAGCAAUUUGAUACGAAUGCUAAAGUGUGCAAACAAAAAUGUGAAGAAACUGAGCAGCCAUGUCAGAAUGGAGGAAAGUGUAAUGAAGAUGAAGACAGUCCAUUCUGCGAGUGCAAGCCUGGGACGAGUGGAGAUCUCUGUUCUGUUGUAGAUGAAUGCGAAGAGGACUCGGAAUUCUGUGGUUCGGGAGAUGAUGUGACUUGCAAGUACGAUUCAACGAAAGAAAAAGCUUACUGCCACUGUACGGUUGAUUCGAAGCAAUUUGAUACGAAUGCUAAAGUGUGCAAACGUAAGUUCUAA